CCGCAGAUUGGCUGAGAAACCGCGAGGCAAGGUCAGCGCGAUCUCGCUUCCAUCCAGUUCUCGCGGGACUGGGGUUCCGUCCGGAAGUUGAAGCUGAGGUAGCCGGGACUGGAAGCCAGGGUGGCUAGCGAAGCGUGCGCGAUCUCGUGAGCGCAGGAGCCGCGUGGGCCGGACAUGGAGUACAUGAAGGAGCCGGUGGCCCCCAGUCAGGGGAACAUCCUGUGCUGUCAGUGUGGUAUUCCAAUCCUACCAAAUCCUGCGAACAUGUGCGUGGCAUGUUUACGAAAGCAGGUGGAUAUCACAGAAGGAAUCCCCAAACAAGUCACUGUUCACUUCUGCAAACAGUGUGAGAGAUAUCUUCAGCCUCCAGCAACUUGGGUGCAGUGUGCCUUAGAAUCGAGAGAACUUCUUACCUUGUGUCUUAAAAAAAUCAAAGCAUCACUUAGUAAGGUGCGACUGAUUGAAGCAGGCUUUGUUUGGACUGAACCCCAUUCCAGGAGACUUAAAAUAAAGCUCACUGUACAAAAAGAGGUGAUGAAUGGAGCAAUCCUUCAACAAGUGUUUGUGGUGGAGUAUGUUGUUCAGCCACAAAUGUGUGAUGACUGUCAUAGAGUUGAAGCUAAAGAUUUCUGGAAAGCAGUGGUUCAAGUCAGACAAAAGACUCUGCACAAAAAGACUUUCUACUACUUGGAACAAUUGAUUUUAAAGCACAAGCUUCAUCAAAAUACUCUUCGGAUCAAAGAGAUUCAUGAUGGCCUGGAUUUCUAUUAUGGGUCAAAGCAACACGCCCAGAAGAUGGUAGACUUUCUCCAGUGUACAGUUCCUUCCAGAUCAAAAUCAUCCCAGCGUUUGAUUUCUCAUGAUAUUCAUAGCAAUGCCUACAAUUACAAAAGCACUUUUUCAGUGGAGAUUGUUCCAAUAUGCAAGGACAAUGUUGUAUGUCUGUCUCCAAAACUGGCACAGAGCCUUGGGAACAUGCACCAGAUUUGUGUAUGCAUCAGAGUAACAAGUACCAUUCACCUCCUUGAUCCCAAUACUCUGCAGAUUGCUGACAUUGAUGGAAACACUUACUGGCGUCACCCUUUCAAUAGUUUGUUCCAUCCAAAGCAGUUGGAGGAGUUCAUUGUAAUAGAUAUCACCAGAGUCCAAGCAGGAAAACUAGGUGCAGGUGCAGGAAUGAAAUCAAAAAAACACACUCUUGCUGAAGCCUGGGUACAGAAAACCUCUGAGAUGAAUACAGAUCAUCAGUAUUUCUGUCGCACUCAUUUGGGGCACCUUCUAAAUCCUGGAGACCUCGUCUUGGGAUUUGACUUGGCCAAUUGUAACCUCAAUGACGAAUUUGCAAAUAAGAUGAACCCACAAAAUGUUCCUGAUGUGGUGUUAAUAAAGAAGAGUUAUGACCGUACUAAACGACAGCGUCGCAGGAACUGGAAACUGAAAGCACUGGAAAGGGACAGAGAAGGCAUGGAUACAGAUGAUGAAAGGCAGUACCAGGACUUCCUUGAAGAUCUUGAAGAAGACGAGGCUAUUAGAAAAAAUGUCAAUAUUUAUAAAGAUUCAAAAAUUCCAGUGGAGAGUGACACAGAUGAUGAAGAUGCUCCACGAAUCAGUCUGACUGACAUGUUAGAGGAUCUCCACAUAUCCCAGGAUGCAACUGGGGGGGAAGGUUCUGAUAUGAUGACAGAAUAAGGAUAUGCAUUAGUUAAUGCACUCAGUUUCUCGAGAGUAUAACUCAUGUGAACUGUUAAACUAAUUGUAGCUAUUCAUGUAGUCUCAUGAAUAUGGAAGGCUAUGCAUAAAAACCUAUUUUACCCAUAAAUAAGAUUGUGUUACACAAAACUGCUGAUGGGGAUCAGAAUCGGUAAAAUUAAAACUCACGAUGAAUGUCACAAUGUAAGACCUGCAUAUUCUUGAUAUUCUCAUGCUGCUUUCUCUCUAACUUCUGCAAUGUGAAUGCAAGCAUCAGGUGAAUCCACAGGAUUGUUUUGAAGUUAAGAUGCAAGAUGAGUCAAGAGCAAAGGGUUCUGUUCUUGACUGUCAGAUGUUCUGUAGCUUUCUCUCCUGUAAAAGUCAUUUAUCUUCUUCACAGGAGUUAUUAGGCUAGAUAUGCUUGAAAAGUACAUUGAGGUUCUUGAGUAAAAGAUGUUGAAUAAAUUUGUACUACAAACAAUAUUUCUGAUAAAUACAAGUACACAGGUUGUUCCUCUAAUAUACAAGUGUAUGCCUGUAGAGCCCUCUCACUCGCAAUGCUUGCCACCCUUACUCAUUGCAGGAUAUACUGCACUAUUCUAAUUGCCAAUAUCAGUGCGUACAUUUAACAUGAAUAAAUGUCCAAUAUACAUUUGAAAUCAUUAGAAUUCUGAACCUCUUAGUAAUUCAAUAUGUUAAAACAAUUAAAUAACAGCUGACAAUAAUAGCUUAAGUUUUCACUCCAAAGGGAGCACUGUCAAGAUAUGUAAUUUUGGGGUAGCAGACUUAAAUAUUGACAUUCUUCAGUUUUUGUUUUAUUGCAGAAGGGUUGGUGGAAAAGAAGUUUUACUGAAUUGCAUGAGAGCUUUCAUGUUUAACAGAUGUAUAAUUUUAUUGACUAGAAAGGAUAAACACAAACAAUGCA